AUGGAUUUUGUCAACGAGAAAAAAUAUAAGAAGAAGACUCGAAAGUUGAAGAGACUGAUUAAAGAUUUAGAAAAUGCUGCCUUGUGUGAUCAAAUAGCCAUCAUCCAGGAAAAGGAAUUGAUAGUUCGCGAAGAAAGAAAAUUUCUUCUUAGGAAAUACCAUAAUUUUCAAACUGCAUCUGCAGAUUCGAUACCUUAUCAGUUCCAGUCUCCAUGCACACAGCCAUAUUCACAAACUGUUUCCAUUCAUGGUCAGGAAACAACUGUGAAAAAAACCUUUGCCCGAAAGAAAAACAAUUUUGAUUCUCCAGAUGGUAAUAGAUCAUGUAAGAACAAAAGAAGUUAUGCUGUAGCAAAAGCAAAGAAACUAGUUCAACCUAUUCCUUUGGAUGUUGCUGGAAGACCUGUUUUCCCGAUAAUAUUGGGUGGUCCAACAGUACAUAGUUUGGGUGAGGUCGUAUCUGAUCGUCCAGGAUAUCAUACAGAAGACUAUAUUUUUCCUGUGGGAUUCUGCUCAACUCGUGUGUACGGAAGCUUGCGUGAUCCUGAGAAGAAAUGUGUGUAUACUUGCAAAGUCCUUGAUGGAGGGCAAUCUCCAAGCUUUGAAAUCGUUGCAGAUAAUGAUCUUGAUGCCCCCUUGGUUGCCAAGUCAGCGAGUGACUGCCAUUCAAUGCUUCUUCGACAUAUAAAUAAUGCUGUUGGGUAUGAUGUUGUUAACACCAAAGGACGAGGUCCUGAGUUCUUCGGUCUUUCUCAUCCUACAAUCCAGAAUUUAAUUCAGAGUUGCCCCGGAACAAGAAAAUGUUCAUUGUACAAGUGGAGUAAAUUUGAGGUCAGCCGUUCUGCCGAAUUACCUAUUGAAGAAAAUGAUGCGUCUUUGAAUUUUGAUGCUUUACAGAGAAGUAUUGCAUUCUACAAAUUAUAUAUGCAUAUGUUACAUGAAGAACAGCCUGUGGAGCCUGUCACAAGAGAGAACAAUCUAAGAGAUUUACUAAUGGCAUAAUAGAUGUAUUCAGCAGCAUUUGAGGACGUUGUUUAAAUAGUUAAAUGUAUUUUAUUACACUGAUAAAAACGUAAAAUAACUCGAUGUUUGUAUUUUAAAUCAAGGGUUUGGGGGAGUUACAAGAUAAGCCACACCAAGCCUCCCGCUAUUU